UAUCCCCACGUUUAUAUCGUAUUGGCCCCAUUUUUUACCACAACGCCUACCAAUAUUCAACCGAGCCAUCACAAGGUGGUGAGGUAAAAAGUUAUAAAGCCCACCGGACUGUCUCUUUCAGAGACGCUUGCACUUUGGUGAAAGACGUGCGGGUCCGUCUCUCGGUCUUUCGACCUGUUCAUUAUCAUCAGUUGUGCUUUUUCUUCUACUAUAAUUUUUGGCAAAUAAAAAGUACAAAAUUAAUAAGAAACAAAAAUAUAAAAAAUACAGUGCUAAUGUGGUAAUCAACAAAAUCAUUGUGCUUAUUGAAACCACUCUUUUUUUUUUUUUUUUAAUUUUUAUUUAAUGUAUUUAAUUUAUUUAUUUAAUUAACGUGGUAUAGAUUUUUUUUUUACAAUUUAUUGUAAAAGUUUGUAGAAAUGGCGGGCUUUAUUAAUUCAACAACUACGCUAAUCAACGAUGCUUACGACUAUUACCUUUGGACACUGUCAUUAGCAGAUGAAAGAACAAGAGGAUGGUUGCUAGUAGAUUCACCAGUACCUACCCUAUUUUAUACAAUGAUUUACUUGAUGAUUGUAUGGGCAGGACCAAAAGUUAUGAGAAAAAGAAAAGCAUUUAAACUCACAUGGCUUUUGGUACCUUAUAAUUUUGCAAUGGCUAUUUUAAAUGCUUACAUUGCCAUUCAGUUAUUAGUGGCAUCGACAAAACUUAGUUAUAGCUACGUAUGUCAACCGAUAAGAAAUGUGUGGAAAAAAGAAGAGCUACAGAUUGCAAAUGCAGUUUGGUGGUAUUAUUUUAGUAAACUACUUGAAUUUUGCGAUACAUUUUUUUUCAUUCUAAGAAAAAAAGAUAAUCAAUUGAGCUUCCUUCAUGUUUAUCAUCAUUCAACAAUGUUUUCCUUAUGGUGGAUUGGCAUUAAAUGGGUACCAAGUGGUUCAACAUUUUUCCCAGCAAUGGUUAAUAGUUUUAUUCAUGUUUUAAUGUAUUCAUAUUAUGCAUUAGCAGCACUUGGUCCAGAAAUAUCAAAAUAUCUUUGGUGGAAAAAAUACUUAACUAUAUUACAAUUAAUUCAAUUCACAUGUGCUCUUAUUCUUGGUAUAAAUGGCAUUAGAAAUGGAUGUGAUUUUCCACUUUGGAUGCAAUAUGCACUUGUUAUUUAUAUGAUUUCAUUUAUUGUAUUAUUUGGUAAUUUCUACGCAAAGGCUUACAUUGCCAAGGGUAAACAAGCAUACGCUAAUAGAAAAAAUGCAUCAUUAAAUGACAAAAAGUUAAAAGAACAAAUCAAGUCAGGCUCAAAUAAAAUAAAUGGACAUAAUGGAUUAUCAUCAAACGGUUUUUCAUCCAAGAAAAUACAGUGAAAUGUAUAAAUAGCUGUUUUUUUUUUCGUUGUAAUGUUAUUAUUUUAUUUUUUGUAGAGUCAUGAAAGAAAAAAAAAAAAAAAAAAUUAUUUUGUCAUUGUCAUCAAAAUGAAUGAACAAAAGACAAGUGUAUAAAAAUUUUGGCGAUGUGUGAAAAACGUUUUUGUUAUUAUUUUAUUAUUAUAUAUAUUUUUUUUUAAUUUAAUUUUUUUUUUUUUUAUUUGUCAGUCUUAUGAUGACUGUACGUCAUCAACGCGGUAGAGAAUAAAAAAAAAAAAAAAAUAAAGCUAUUUUAUGUUACAAGUCAUCCCUGUUCCCAAUUGACAUUGACAUUUUAAAAUAAUGUUCUUAUAUUUUCCCAUUAACAAUUUUACGUUUAAAUAAACUUGAUAAGUUUUUUUGUUUUUUUUUUUUCUUUUUAAAUAUUAUAAAUAUAUAAAAUGUUUUUUAGUUUAUAGACUUGUUAUAACUCCAAAGCGAGAAUAGCACACACUUGAUCAUUAAAAUAAAUAAAGGGUGUAUAUAAUAUAAAUAUAUAGGUAAUAAUUAUGAAAGGAUAACAAACAAACAAAAAAAAAAUUGAAAAGAAAAAAAAAAUCAUAAUGAAGUGGUUAGGUAUUUUUACUUCAUGGUGAUAUUUCUUAUAAUUAUAUUAUGAAGAUAGAAAAAAAAUAUAUAUAUAAAAACUAUUAAAUAAUGAAAAAUUGAAGAGCCAAUUUUU